AUGGAAGAAUUGUAUGGUGGCUAUAACAACAACAGAAACAGAGGAAAAACACAGAAAGAUGGUGACUUUCAAGAAGAAGAUGUAUGGGCUUAUAUGAAGGAAACAGAUUUUUCAUGUUCAUCAUCCUCAAGAAGAGUUAAAAAAAGUAGUAAUAGUACUAUUGAGUCCAUUGCUGUGCCACUACAGAAAUCAUCUACUCCUGUUAAGAUCAAUGACAAGAAAUCAAAAAGAGUGUCAAAAGAUGGUUCAUUGGUUUCUUCUGAUGGUGCAGUUUAUUAUGGAAAUGUUGAUAUUAAUGAAGUAGAUGAAGAAGAUGAUUAUGGAGAUGGAAUGGUUCCACCACAUGAAUAUAUAGCAAGAAGGUUAGCAAGAAAUCAGGUUGCUUCAUUUUCUAUGAUGGAAGGAGUUGGAAGGACUCUUAAGGGAAGGGACCUUAGCAAAAUGAGGAAUGCCAUUUUAACAAAAACUGGUUUCUUGGAAUAG